AUGAUUGCUCAAAGAGCUAGCAUUUGUCAUAUACAAAUUGUGUUGGACAACGUCUUGGAGACAAGGUGGUAUGGAGGGUGGGACCGUCUGUCGGAUGCAAUUGACAGAUCUGUCACCGUUCAGGCAGAGGACAUCUUCAAUGAACGCAAGGCCCAGAAGAUCAUGCUCGACGACUGCUUCAGCCAAUCACGAAUGUGCUUUCAGCUUCUCCGUUUCCUACGAAUUGCUCCUGAAUGGAUGAAAGAGACUCAAGAGGACCUGCAUGACUUUUAUAGAAUCUUUGGCAUUCAUCCUCUACGGGGUUGGCAUGAAUCCACUUCCGAGACAGCCAAAUUUGACAGGAUAGUUAAAGAGAACUGGGACAGGGACAUGGCACAAUUUGACAGCUUCCAAGCUAAGCUCGAGAGACGCAUCGAGGUCAAGGCAGACGAGAUACGUGGGCUUCAAGAUGGGAUCUUGAGCGCCACAAAUCUGCUGGAAGCCUCCAAGUCAACAUCGAUGAAUCGCCGUAUCAUUGUUUUCACUGUUGUCACUAUAUUCUACCUUCCACUCAGCUAUGUGACUGCUGUUUACAGCAUGUCCCUCAUCCAAGACGAAGACCUGUCCCACCUCAAGUGGUCUCAUGUCGGAUCCAUGGUUGUAGUAGCAUGUCUAACAUACAUGAUAUCCGUUGCAGUCGUCUUCUUUGUCGACCGCAAGAAGAUUAUACCCUUGGGUCCUUCGACGAGUCCCCGCCGGUAUCAAAGACAAGCCGUGGUUCUGGAGUGCCUGUAA